GAAAAAUAAAACCGAGUUCCUGUUUUGAUACUUAGGGGACUGGUGCAUAAUCUCAAUGCGCGUUGCAAUAAGAUUUAAAAAAAGAAUGUUUCAUUUACGUUUAGGGUGACAGACAAUUAAUAUCAAAUAAUUAAUUUACACAGAGAUGUACUGGGGGAAAUACAUACUCUUCGUGCACAGCAAAGCUUCGAUGCUGUGAUACCGAACAGCAGCAACACCUACAAAAUAUUCAAAUUUGACGAUUUUUGUUGAACUGCUCCUAGCCGGAGAGCGAGUCGCUCGCAUUGCCCUCCUCUCUGCAGGUGGUGAAGCGCUGCUGUACAGUAUCUUGUAAUAUCUAUUUCUGCAGCAGCAAUGCUGGGAAGCCAUGGCAUACAGCCAGUGACAUUAGUUUUUAAUAAUGCUAAAAACUGUUUUCUGCACCUCUCUUCGAGCUUAGUUUCACAGCUUCGCCUUCAAGAGAACCAAGCCCUGGAGCUCUCCUGGGACCGCUGUCAACCCGUGUACCUCAGCUGGACGAAAUGCCUGCAGUCUUCAUUCCAGGGGGAGAGCGUUGUAGAGGUCAACAGGCACUUGGGUGCCAGGCUUGGAAUCAAAGAUGGAGAGCAGGCAUUUCUCAGACCUUGCUGGCAGAUCCUAUCCAUUCAGCAGGUGUUUGUGGAACCACUGUCAUCUGAUGACUGGGAGAUAUUGGAGCUUCACAGCUCAGCACUUGAGCGACACCUCCUUGACCAGAUAAGGGUCGUGUAUCCAAACGGACUGUUUCCCGUGUGGGUGGACCAGCACACUGUCAUCUACGUCAGGAUAGCUGCCCUCACGCCCGCUGCUCCGUAUGGCCGGCUGGAGCAGCUCACCGAGCUGAUCGUCUCCCCCAAGCUGCGCCAAGACGGGGAGAGCCCGGCGCGCCCUUCUGCCCCCCCGAACUGGCAAGCAGAUGCCAGUCAGGCUCGGGGUCCGCACGGGCCAGACAACGCCCCGGGGAGAGACGCGUUGGGCACCCACCGCGGGGCGCCACCGUGCGUCUCCCCCGGAGGGGGGCGCGAUCUGCGGAGCCUGAUCCGAUCCAUGUUCGCCGGGAGCCCUGCCCCCCAGAGGGAGGUUCCCGCUGUCCCUUCGGUGCCGCCCGUCCUCGGGGACUCUGUUUUCAGAGUGUGCAGGAGCGCCCCCUUCCCUGCCGGCCGGCAGAGCCCCGCUCACGGAGCAGCCCACGUCUUCCCCUGGCGCCACCCCUGCGCGGCGCGCGGCGGGGCCCCGUUCGCUGUCACCUACGGCCGGCUGUCCAGGCUGCACCGCCCCAGGGAACCAAGGGAAAAGCCGCACAGGACGCUGUCCCAGCCCGAGAGGAAGAGGGGCCCCGAGGCUCGGGGCGCUGGAGACCAGCUCGGGUCCGGAGGGGGCGCCGCAGGGCCCCUGGCCGUCAGGAUCAUAUGCCAUGGGGUGGAGGAGCUGGCGGACACCCAGGGCUGCGGCAGCAGGAGAGGGAUGCCGUAUGGUGGGAGGGUGUGGAUUUCAGAAUCCAUUAGAAGAAGACUGGGUAUUGAUUUCUGCACAGCCGUUAGAAUACAGCCAUUAAACUCAGUCCCAGAAAUAGCAUCCUGUGUCCGAUUGCAGCCCUUGCAAUCACUGCCACAGAAGGUCAAGGAGCAGGAUGUCCAGUCUGCUUUCCUGGACUGGCUGCAAGCUCAGAAUAAUGAAGAGCUGCCUUGGCUCACAGGGAGGUCCAGCUUUGUCGCCUUGCCAGUCCACGAAGAAAACAUGGAGUUUGCCUUGACUGUGAUGAAGCCAGAAUCCAAAAAGACAGGAAACGGUGAAUCAGAUGAGGUUUUCAUGUUGACGACCAGUUUGCUGGAAAAAACAGACAUACAGCUAUCAAGGUAUCCACAGGCAGCUGGGUCAGAAUCUGUGCGAGCACAGGAUCCCAGCCAGAUUCUUGCCCCACCAGUACAAUCUCUGGGAGGAGUGGAAGACAUUGCUGACUCUGCCUUUGAGCACAUCUCCCAGAGCCUGAUGGGACGGCCUCUCUCCCAGGAGCUGCUGUCUGUAGUAUCAGGGCUCAGGAACGGAGCACUUCUCCUCACAGGACUCAAGGGCAGUGGGAAGACAGCUCUUGCCACAGCUCUCUGCAGAAAAGCAGCUGAUGUCUUGGAUGCUCAUGUGGAAGUCAUUGACUGUCAAAAACUAAGAGGGAAGAGAGGGGAGACGGUCCGAAAGAAGCUGGAGGAGGCGUUUGAGGAAGCCGCGUGGAGGCAGCCCUCUGUGGUGCUCCUGGACGACCUGGAGCAGCUGACCGGGGCCGCGGCCGGCCCCGAGCAGGAGCACGGCCCGGAGGCGCUCCGCAGCCAGCAGCUGGCCCAGGCCUUGAAGGAUCUAGUGAGUGAUGCUGUUGUACACGGCAGUCUGAUUGCCUUGAUUGCUACCAGCCAGAGUGAGCACACCCUCCACCCUUCAUUGACAUCAGCGCAGGGCUCUCAUUUCUUUCAGUGCAUCAAGGAGAUUCCCCGCCCCAGCCAGGCCCAAAGAAGUGAAAUUCUUCGAGCAAUAAUUAAGAGCAAAAGCAUCAUUGCUGAAGAUAGCCUGGGAGUACUUGAUCUCGAGUCAGUUUCCAGGGAAACUGAAGGUUACCUGGCGAGCGAUUUCACCCUGCUGGUUGAAAGAGCAGUUCACGCCAGUGUUCUUCACAACAGAAUCACAGCUUCAGAGGUGUUUUUGGCCACCUCUGACUUCCAGCAGGCACUCAGAAGCUUCACCCCGCCCUCUCUCCUGAGUUCCCGCCUGAACGCCCCCCCCGAGGCAGGCUGGGACCGCGUCGGGGGCCUGAGGGAGGUCCGGCAGGUGCUGAUGGACACCGUUCAGCUUCCAGCAAAGUAUCCUGCCCUGUUUGCAAGUCUGCCCAUCCGACAGCGCUCUGGAGUGCUGCUGUACGGAGCUCCGGGCACAGGGAAGACUUUGCUAGCAGGAGCUGUUGCCAAGGAGAGCGGAAUGAACUUCAUCAGCAUCAAGGGGCCUGAACUCCUCAGCAAAUACAUUGGAGCCAGUGAGCUGGCCGUGCGCGACGUGUUUCAGAGGGCCCAGGCUGCCAAGCCCUGCAUCCUGUUCUUUGACGAGUUUGACUCCCUGGCUCCGCGCAGGGGGCACGACAGCACAGGAGUGACCGACCGUGUGGUCAACCAGCUGCUCACUCAGCUGGACGGCGUGGAGAGGCUGGAUGGGGUGUAUGUGUUGGCUGCCACCAGUCGUCCUGACUUGAUAGAUCCGGCCCUUCUGAGACCCGGUCGUCUGGACAAGUCUCUGUACUGUCCUCCCCCUGAUCAGGAGGCCCGACUGGAGAUUCUCAAGGCCCUUACUCAGACUGUACCGCUGGCGGGAGAUGUGGACUUUGACCAAAUGGCAGCCGCCACCGACUCCUUCACUGGGGCUGACUUGAAGGCACUGCUGUACAACGCUCAACUAGAGGCAAUUCAUAGCAACCUGGGGGCCGGCUCUCUCCAUGAAGUGGGGUCUGGCUCGGACAGCGACGUCAGCUUGUCUUCCAUGAUCUUCCUGAACCACAGCAGCGGGUCAGACGACUCAGCAGGCGAGGGGGAGGGCGGGCUUGAACACUCCAUGGUGCUGCUGGACUCCUCCGAGCUGCUUCCAGAGGACCCGCGUCACAACAUGUGGCGCCUUUACUUCGGCAGCUCCUACGAGUCCGAGCUGGGGAACCCGACACCCUCAGAGCUGGUCAGACCUUCCACUGUGUCCUGUGUAUAGAGAUCCCUAUACUCUCAGAGCCGGUCAGACCUUCCACAGUGUCCUGUGUAGAGAUCCCUAUACUCUCAGAGCCGGUCACUGAUCUCUACAGUGUCCUGUGUUGAGAUGAAUAGACACAAACUGUGUGCUUAGUCUGUAAAUCACCUCAGACAUGACAGAAAUCUUUAAAGGAAGAACUGAUAUCCUGUGCGCUUUACUGUUGUCCCAUUUCACACAUAUUGUGUAUCCUGUUGCGCAUGUUCUGUGUGAUUUUGGUUAAUUGUUCCUGUGCGGAUUAAUAUUAUAUUAAUUCAUAUUGUAACGGCAGCUUUAGAGAUAAUGUCAUGGCUGAAUGCCAGGGGAGUGCACUGGGAAAUCUAAUGAGUGCUGCUCAAAGUGGCAAAGCUCUUUCGUGAAAUAUUGUGAUCUGCAGCUGCUGUGGACUAACACUGAGUAUGUUCUCACCUCUCUCCCUGUCAUUCAGGUGUGAAGAGUCAUUCUUAUGAAACUCAAUAGCUCUAUUGAGAAACCAGAAUGGCAAAUCACACAGAACCUGGCAGAGAAUAUAAAGCAAAAUGUGAAAAUGAACAUAUUAAUUAUAUAUGGUACAGUACACUACUCUUUUAAUAAUUAAACCUGAGGUGCUAAAAUGUCUUAUAGUUUCACAGGAAAUAUUGGAAUAUUUUGCAAAAAGACUCAAACACUUGUAACACUUACAUCAGAUUAAUGUAGGUGCACGAUCUUGCCAGUUUUUGCCAACAUUUCUCAAUUGGGAAAUAUAUUUUUAUAUUUAUGCUUUCUCAGAUAAACUAGUGCAGUUCCGCAUCUAGUGUACGUCGUAAGAGACGUUAUAUUAAAAUACGGAAUUAUAAAUAAUUCUGUAUUUUCCGACACUGAUGGCUGUUUCCCU